AUGGUUAGUGUGGUCAUUUGGUCUUGUGGUGUUUUGGAACGUAAUAGUAACACGUUCUUGAGCGGAUUUCUAGAUACAACGUCAAUGAUCGAUGUUGUAGCUGGAACAGUAAGCAGAAUCAAGCCACAGCCAGGAAUUGAUGGCCAGGAGGUUGCUGGCCGUGCUGUUGCUGAUGCUGAUGCUGAUCAUGUGGCUGCGAAGGGUAGCGAACCAAAACUGGCUGGCCCUGAGGAUACGACUGUCUCGAGGAGGUGGGCGUGUUGUUAG